AUGGAUUCUGAGAUAUUUUACCAGCUCCUCAAGCGACACGAUACUUGUCUACUACCAGAUCUAGUGGAUGACUCAAUGGUAGCAACAGCAUCAGGGUUAUUUGAUGUUUGCAUCGUGUCUCGAACAGACCGAGAGACAAAACUGACCCUUGUUUUUGAACAUGUCGAUCAAGAUUUGACUACCUAUCUGGAAAAAGCCCCAGAGCCAGGAGUACCUCCAGAAACAAUUAAGGAUAUGAUGUUCCAGCUGCUUUGUGGACUAGACUUUCUUCAUUCCCACCGUGUGGUUCAUCGAGACUUGAAACCCCAGAAUAUACUUGUAACCAGCAGUGGCCAAAUCAAGCUGGCUGAUUUUGGUCUGGCUCGCAUUUACAGUUUUCAGAUGGCACUUACUUCAGUGGUUGUCACUUUGUGGUACCGGGCCCCAGAAGUUCUACUGCAGUCUAGCUAUGCAACGCCUGUUGACCUUUGGAGCGUUGGAUGCAUAUUUGCAGAAAUGUUCCGUCGAAGGGCCCUUUUCCGUGGUAAUUCAGAUGUUGAUCAAUUAGGAAAAAUCUUUGAUGUCCUUGGUCUUCCAAGUGAGGAUGACUGGCCUUGCGACGUGGCCCUUCCAAGGGAUGCAUUUUCGUUAAGAUCUGCACAACCCAUACAAGAAAUCGUACCAGAGAUAAAUGAACUAGGAAAAGAUCUGCUGCUGAAAUUUCUGACAUUCAACCCAGAAAAAAGAAUAUCUGCAUUUAGUGCCCUGUCCCAUGCAUAUUUUAUGGACCAUGAGAAACAUACAGAGAAUCAGAACUCAUGUCUAUCUCCGAACCACUCUUCUACCGAAGAGAACACAGCUUAGUAUUUGCAAGGAAUGGACAAGCCUGUGCGAUCUGUUGGACGUUUCUUUCUCACAAGGUUUUGUGUCUCUACCGUUGAAUGAUUGGUCAAACUUUACGCUGGUAAAAGGAUUACUUGACAGAUGGAGUAACAUUUUUACAAUUUGCAAUACCAUCCAUUUGCUGCUUUUGAAACAGAUGUUCCAUUUUUUUUUUGGCGUGAUACCCCAACGGAGGUUUACUGUUUAUUGAAACAAUGCAAAAAAAAAACUGCUGCAGCUUUUUUUUUUCCCUGGGAAAACUCUGGACUGGAUUAGCUGCUGUCUGUUCACCAAUGCUGCAAAUCUUGUUACCUGAAUGUGGAAUGCUGCAAAUGUGAAGAAUUUGGAACACAAAAACCCACAGUCACUGCCAAACUUGCCAGAGUUUUCUCUGUACAGCUGCUAAAGCCAGGAUUGCAAAACAAAUAUAUUGAAAAGGAAAAUAAAAUGUACUGAAUCUCCUAA